AGCAGUAUGGAAAAGUUAGCAGAGCAGUGCAAUGCAAAUGCAGACGGCGUGCAGACGGUACUGUUUUUGCUAGACUCUAGGUGACAGAGCAGUUUUGCCUGUUUAUGAUUUCUAGAAACAGCAACAAAGUCUGGCAACAUGUCUACAUCAUUACAAGAACUGUACAAUACUUAUAAGAAAUGGGUUAGUGAUAAUCCAUUGAUGGCUUCAGACUUUGAAACGACUGCAAAGUGGAUAUCAUAUAUUUUUGCAGGUCGCAUUCAAAGUUCAAGUGUCAUCACUGAACUUGUGUAUUCCCUCUCCAACCUCCUGGUUCUCUUUAAUGAUUGUAUCAUCAAUGAAUCCCGGAGAACAUUACCUGUGACGUCAGGGGCAUCCCUGAAAGCAUGGUUGACAGUUCUGGAGUAUGCGGAAGUUUUCCUAGAGAUCACCGCUAAAAGUGUGUGGGGUGAACGAGGAAGAUGGAUCCUGAUCGCCAUAGUGCAAGCUUUCAAAUGUUUAGCCCGGAUGAGUCUCUUACUCACACACAAGGAACAAAUGGUACAAAUGCCUCCCAUUGCACCACUGAAGCGUCGCACUAUUCUUAGUCAAGAAAACCAAGAUACUCCCACAACCAUAGGGUUUUCACUUAAAUCAGGACGUAUUGUGCGCUGUGUUAACAGUGCUACUCCCGCACAUUUGAGAUCAUGGAAGCCACCGGCCUUCACUGCAACACAACCUGAUGGUAGUGUUCCAGAUAAAGUAUUGGACAGCAAUCUGUUGUUUGCAGAGGCAAUAUACAUUAUGAAGCCUGUACUUCACUUAUGCUCAAUGAUGCGGUUUGGGCCAAAGGCAUGGAGACCCUAUGUUUUGUCUCUGGUAUUGGAUGUUGCAAGUCUGCAAAUGUUCCGAAGAGCCGACAAGGCAAAGAUUGGCUCUGCGUUGUCUCCUCGACAGAAGAUGGAGUUGUCAAGACGUGAAGUUGCUCUACUUCUGUAUCUCCUUCGGUCGCCGUUCUAUGAUAAGUACAGCAAGAGACGUAUCCAGAAACUUUUGGAUGCUUUUUCCAACAACCUUCCCCUUGUAGGAUAUAUUCUUCGACCUCUUGCACAAUAUAUUCCUCACUGGCAGGAAACUUACUUUUAUAUGUGGUCUUCUUAGAGAGCAUUGUAUGUGUUAAUUAAUAGAAGGUAACUUUAAUCCAUUCCUUUCUUUCUCGUACCCUGUGGAGCCAUUUGGAGCUGUCAAUUCAAAUUAACAGUUCACAUCAAAUCCUCCAUGUUGGUUUAGAAAAGAGAUAGAAAACAAAAUUCAACCAAAGCUUCUUAAUCAAAGGAAAAGUAUUUUUACAGCUUGAAUAUAAAUAAUUGAACAUACUCUGUAAAUAUUUUUGAAACUAUUGCGUUAAGAGGGAAGAAAAACAUAAUUUGUUUUGAAUUCCAAUAUUUUUUUAUGGACUUUCUAAGUUUGAUACUACUGUGUUUGUUUUGAAACACUAGGCCAUGACGUUUUGUGUCAAAACAUGUACCUAAUAUGCACUGUCCAUUGGAGAAUCCUCAAGGUUAAUUUUUGACUUAUAUAACUGGUAAGAUUUCUUUUAUGUUGAAGGAAGAGCACAAGGAAUCCUUACAUGGUCCUUCCAGUUGAUUGUAUUGUGUACUGUGUGUGUAUUCAGGUGAUGGGAUGAAGUGGGAAUGGGACUUCAAUGAGUAGUACAUGAACCAGCUACAGUGAUUCUUGGUGUGAGUUUAAUUUUCUGAAAAGUAGAAAUACUUUGAAUCAUAUUACUUUGACCUUUUGAAUGGCUUUGGUAGCUGAUAGCUGAUAUGAAACUUUGCCAAUAAGUUAAUGUUGGCUUAGUUGUUUGUUUUUUUUUACCGACUGUCAGACAGCACAAUCUCUUUUCUUUGUAUUUGUCAAUAUCCAUUCUUUGAUGUAAAACAUGAACAUUUCAAAAAGGGUCCCAGCCAACACCUGAAAACGUUUGUAUUUUGAAAGCUGUGAUUUUUAGGCUCUCACAUAGAUUUCUCAGAAAAAAUAAGAUUAGACUUAGACUGUAAAUAGUUUUCUAAGAACUUUUUUACAAGAUGUUUUUAAUACUGUUCUUUAUUAUUUCCUAAACUACAGAU